AUGGCUUUCUCUCCGGAACGGAGUUUGGUCCUUACGAGCUCGGAAAAUCUGCUGGAGAAGGAGAAGGCGAGGGCUGCUGACCCCCUCAAAGUCAAUUCCGCCCCGACAUGGACUCGAAGAAAUGAAAUCUUUACAGAGAACCACACCCUAGCGAUCAACCUCGUCGAUGGCACAAUCCAAACCCGUGGCUGGUUCCCUCUCAACUGCCCCACAAUCUUCAGGCAAGACGUCACGGGCAUUGUCGCAGCCAUAGGACACAAUGUCACACGCUUCAAGAUUGGUAAUCGCGUUAUAGGGCAUGGGGUGGGAAUGGCCACCAAGCAGAACCAGCACAUGGGCUUCCAAUCCUACACGGUGGUGCAGACGAACAUGGCAUCUGAACUUCCGGAUGAUAUGACAUUCGAGAAGGCUGCUGUUAUCCCAUUGGGCUACUCAACUGCUGCGAGCGAACUAUUUCAGGGCGAGUUUUUGAACUUGCAGAUGCUGACCGAGCUGAAGCGAAAGGAUCCGGGGAAGAAGCUAUUGGUUUGGGGUGGUGCGGACAGUGUCUGGGGUAAUGCGAUGAAGGUGCUUGAAGCUAGUCAAGUCUUUGAUUACCAUAGCCCAACUGUCUGCGACGAUCUUGUGGCUGCUUUCAAGGGGAAGACGAUUGCUGGAGUCUUCGACUGCAUUGGAGGUGCAGCCACUGCAGUCUGUACUGAUGUGGUGCACAAAUCGACCAGCGACAAAUUUGUGACGACCACUAGGUCAAGAUUUCCUACUCCGCCCGAAGGUCUGGGUAUCAAGCAUAUUUUCAGGACAUCGAUCAAGGGCAACGAGGUUGGGAAGACUAUGUGUAAGGACUUCCUGCCGACGGUGUUGAAGGCGAGAACUUUUGUGCCAGCUCUGGAGCCACUCGUUGUUGGUAAGGGCCUAGACACUGCAUAA